CAAGAAGAAUAAAAGAGAGUCAUAUGUCUCCUGUUGAUCUCAGGCAAGGUUUUGGUAUGAGAAGACUUUCAUGGACGGCCCUCCUUGUCGUGAUUGGAGGUACUUCGCUGUAUUUGUGGUCUUGGGAUUUGGAGCGAGAUGUUACCGACUUCAUAAGAUGCAGGUGUAAAUUAUUCAUCUCAGCCGACAUCAAAGUGAGCCGCAUACCUGGGGCAGGGAAAGGAGUUUUUGCAAAAGAGAAUAUUUCCGCUGGAACGUUAUUAUGGGAUAUCAAAUGUGACGCCAUAUUGGCUGAGGACGAUUGGGAAUCUUGUUGGAUGAUGCCGUAUGACGACAAAGCGAAGAAAUUUCUCUAUUCCCUUGCUUUCUCAGUGAGGAAAACUCUAGCCUCCGACAUUUUAUUGCAAUUGCUGUCAACAGCAUAUCUCUCCGAGUGUGACGUAGUAGAUGGCUCUGGCAAGGACACGAAGAAAAUGCAGUGUUUUGUUAUCAGCUUUGACGCUUUUAAUUACAUUAAUCAUGGCAAAGAGGAUGCAAACGUCGCGUGUCCCAGUGACGCAAUGCGGUUCCAACAUCAUGUCUCAGCUGCUGCACUCGUAGCAAUUAAGAACAUCACAGCUGGAGAUGAAAUACUGCAAAACUACCAGGAUUACCACGAGACAGACCCCUUCCUGAACUCAAUAAAGAGAAAAUUGGGCUUAGAUUUUGAAGUUGAUCUAAAUGGUGGCAGCAUUCCAAAUCUGUUAAGGACUCGCCUUGAUGAUAAAAUUAAAUAGUGACACAUGUAUUUAAUCGUUAAAAGGUUACAAAUAAGCUGUAACAAGGCAUGCACCCUGCUGGAUAGACGCAGACCACUGUUAUCAGUGAAGUAAACCUGGGGAAAAUACCAUGCGAUGCUGGUUUUCUCUGACCCUUUCUCUGCCUGAUUCUUCUUUUCACUGUGGACUGAAUUCAGAUCAAUAUAUAUACAUGUACCUCAAGGCACGUGCUAUAUAUAAAUAGUCCGUCCUGUACCUUGAAUACAAUUGUCGUACAAAGUUAUCAUGUCGCCAUACAGUCAUCGAUCAUUUGUUGUACCAAAUCGACGUUUUGUGCACCUUAUUCUAAUAAUUACCGAUGACAAGUGCUGAGUACCCAAAACUCCUAGUGCAAAAAUAUUCAAUCUCGACUGCCACGCUGGGGGCCGGUUUCGGCGCUAUGUUGGGCCGCAUUCACAACAGCAGGACGAACUAGUGCGCCCGACCCACCUGAAUGCUUGUUGCGUAAUACCUUACGGAGAAAUUAUUCCGUGACUGUUAGGAUUAGAUGGAACGCUUCUAAGUGGGUGGCCAUAUUUGAACCGCGGACUAGUGAGUGCGUUGUACUGAAAGCGGCCUUGGAGAGGGGGCUUCGAGUGCGACAUGGAAAAACAAGCAAAAGUGGGGUUACAGUUCAUUGCACAGUGCUCCGUAACGCACCGUGUAUAUGGUGUAUGAAUGCCAAUGGAAUGCACAUUAAUCAUGUAAACUGACAGCCAUGUCUUCAGAUCUAGUAGUAGUUUCAUACGGUGAUCGGUGGAUUUGUUACUCAAAUUUGUCUUAAACCGGAUUUUUGCGCCGAUGUAAUUUUCCUUAAGGAAGUAAGAUCUUUUUUCCUAAUGGCGAGCCCCCUUCCUCGACCGCUUCCUAUGCUUGGAUGCAAUGUUAAGUAGCAUUUCUGAUAUUAUAAGGUAGCUCUAAACGAAUCAUGAUUGAUGGACGAUACUCUUUGUAGUGCUAAUGAACAUGUAUUUCUCCAUCGUAAUAUCAGGUUUUGUCGUGGCUAACACUCAGAAAAACACACAGCUCUAGAAGAACUUGAUUUUCCAUUUUAAAUGAAACAGGUUAAAGCUUAUGAACGAAAGUGCACUGAAUAUACUGGACUUCAAAGGGGAUAAUUGAAAAUGGAAGUACAUAUGAGUUGCUUUGUUUUGAAAUUUGUUCUCUUGGAUACAAAACAUAAACUAGUAGACCUUUCGUAAGAAACCUCUACUUAGUAGUGAAUAAGAGGGCAUUCCCAGAGA